AUGGAACUCACGCAACUACCAGAGCGGAUGUUUGCAGCCGGUGAAGAACCUGUUGGGGAGAGAGUUAACACUUAUCACAAACCGAAAAGGAUCGAGUCCAUUCUAGACGCACUAGAACCGGAGGAGGUAGAAUUCAUGCGGAAGACGACGUUUGGGAAAAUCAUUUCACAGGCAGAAAACCCGUCUUUUUCCGGUAGUUUUGGCCAGUUUGUCAUUGUGCGAAUUCUCCGAGUGAAGAAGAAGUAUGAGAUAUGGUUUCUAUUUGCCGGGAAGCCGAUUAGGAUGUCUCUGCACGAGUUCGCUCAUGUCACAGGCCUUAACUGCAGGAAGAUCCCGAAGAAAAACAUAAAGAGGAAGAAGAAUCCUAUCAACGAGAAGCUCUACUGGGGUGAACUUUUUGGAUCUCUCAAGUUCUGCGCCGUUGACACCGCCAUAGAGAUGCUGAAGAAGAGGAAAGUUAAGGACCGAGAGAUGCGACUCAAGUAUGCAUGUUUGGCGUUCACUUCCUGUGUUCUACUACCGACUUCUCACUCUUCUCGGAUCAUCACUGAGCAUGUGGAGAUGAUACGUGAUUUUGAUGAAUUUCUUAAAUAUCCGUGGGGGAGAGUCACCUUUGAGAUGCUUGUUACCGGAAUUAAAAAAAAAGAUGAGAUGUCGCUUGCUCAGUCCAGCGUCGCCUUACCUGGUUUUGUGGAUGCGAUCCAACUCGUUUUCAUGGCGGCUGUUCCUCAGAUAAAAGAGGUAGCCACCCCUGUCGAGCCUGUUGUUGUGAUUGACUCUAACAGCGACUCAGAUUCGGAGGAUAGCGAAUCGCAAGCUGAUAAAGUUGAAAUGAGCAAGCCCCCCGAUGCACCCCCUGCGAGUGUGCGAUAUUGUGUCAAUCCCGCACAUGUUAGAGACCUGCACGAAGAAUGCAAGGUUGAAGUUACCUCCAUGCUUGUGGACGGAACCCAUACAGCGGAAGAACUGACGUGGGAAGAUGAGGUCAACGAUGUAACAGUUGAUAAUCUUGUACGAUCAAUUGAACAAGGUCACGUGCUAACCAAGGCAAUGUUCAGUGGGGGCUUAUCGGCUUCUGAUCUGGCACGCAUGAGAUCUGAGAAGAAACUAAAAGAAAAGGAACAGAAGGACAACAAAGAGAGGGAGAACCAGGCGGACUCACCAGAAGGAGAGAUUGGGGAAGCUUAUGACGUCAGCCACAUGGCUAACCUUGUUGGUCGCAUUGUAACCCCUAAUAUUGAGGAUGCCGUUUACAAGUUAGGCGACAAACUGGAGGAGCGCCUGGCUAAACUGAUCAAAGCUGAGGUCCUAAACAUGCAGGGGGCUGUUAUUCAGAGUAUUAUUGGUUUAUUAGGCAAGCCUAACCCGGACGCGGGGGUUGCGAGUGAUGAAAAUGGUGGCGCUGUCGAUCAAGCGCAGAAUGGAAGGGGCUGUACAUCGGCGGGAGCUUCAUUACUAACAGCCGAUGCAAUAAGAAGCGAAGGACAAACCACCGCAACAUAUGUGCCUACAUCUCUCCAUAACUCCACCGAACAACCACUUGUCGACCUCGCUACCGUGAUACCAAAACAGGCUGAGAAGGUCGGGGAACCACUACAGGCUGAGAAGGUUGGGGAACCAAUACAGCUCGACAAUCUUAUAAACAUGGUCAUUACCGAUGUCGGUGGCGUUUUGGAUGACAGCGAGGUGGCUCCUGCAAACAACCAGCCAUCUAUCCACAUUACCGUAGGACCCGUCGCUGAAUGCGUCAAAACUUUGGAAGACGCUGCCCACUCUCCCACUGACACUGAUCUCACUACCCCUCAGCCUGGACAGAAUACAAAUUUCACCCACCAUCAUUUGUCUCCUGUUGACGAAGAUGGUAGCCCACACGAGAAAGAGGGUGAAUUGUUGCACGAGGAGGUAUGUCAUGCGUCAGUUCCAGAUGUAGAAGCAAGCAAUGUCAUUGCAGAGACUAGGAAGAGCAAGAGGACAAGGAUACUACCACCGUUGUUCAACGACUACCAGUGCGAUCCGAAGAUAAAAGCUUUCAGCCGUGAGGGGACUCUGACGACAACAUCAAACAAUAUAGACGAGAUAUACAUGGCCAUGAGAGAGAGAGCUGGCGACAGCAGGGUUUAUACAGUCGCUAAUGGAAUGUCUGUAACAACCGAUGAGUUGAACGAGAUCGUCGAUCGCAACCAGCUGAUGACGCCAAAGGUGAUGGAUGUCUUAAUGCUUACGAAGACCGCCAUUAAGGACCGCCACAUGAUGAAAUAUGAUGAAGCCGUGGUUAAGCAUUUCAUUGGUGGCAGUACACCGGACGACGUUUACGACUGUAUUUACUUCCCCUUUUUCAUCGACAAACAGCACUGGGUUGGCGUUUCCCUCGAUCUAUCACGCGGAGCCGUACAAAUACUCGACUGCAAUCAUGGUUUCCGAUCUGAAAGCAUGAUGAAGAAGGAUUUUACCCCCAUAACUGUUGUCGUCCCGCAUAUCCUUGCCACAGCAACUGGGAACAAGUCUGCUGAUGCACGCAAACCCUAUCAGAUGGUGAGGGUUAACUGUGUCCCGCAUAACUCAAACUCCACAGAUGCAGCCGCUACAACGGUGUUGCUAAUCCAGGCACAUGCUGCCAAUGGCGCCGAUGGAUGCAAAGAUGUCACCCCAGAAACGAUCUCUUCGGGUGCUAAACACCUCGCUGUCCUUGUCUAUCGCGACAUAACCCAUGUGUAA